AUGUCGAAACCCACUGCGAACUGGGAGAAGCUAGGCGACAAAUUCUACCGCAAGAUCCAGCUUUACACGGCCGUAUUUGAUCAGGAUCUCGAGCUUGAGAACUACAAUGCGGUGGGGGCUCCGUACAGCGGCGCUGUAGCUAUAUACCGCGAUGAAAACAAGAUAACCACGUACCGGGGUGGUCAAGCGAAUAAAGCGAGCAUCGAUAUCUACAGUUGCGCGGGGAAGCUCAUACGGCGCAUCAACUGGGACAAAGGCACAAUCAAAGGGCUGGGAUGGUCGGAAGAUGAGAAGUUGCUUGUUAUUACGGCAGAUGGCACAGUGCGGUGUUACUACGAUCUCCAAGGCGACUUCUUUCCGUUUACCCUCGGCCAUGGCGCCGACGAACACGGCGUGCAGUCCUGCAAAUUCUACAGCUCUGGUUUCGUUGCGCUGCUAGGAAACAACAACCUCAUAUCUGUGUCCUCAUAUACCGAGCCCCGACCGAAGCUCCUAGCGAUACCGCCCGCAGAACCCGUUAUAUCGUGGGGAAUAAUACCUCCAACGUACUCACUGUCGCGCUCCGUGGAAGUGAUUCUUGCGAUUGGAGAGACGCUUUACGUGGUAGACGCGACCGAGGCUGAGAACCGUAAUUUCGACGCUGGACCAUUUAGGCAUAUAAGUGUGAGCCCUCGCGGCGAAUUCCUCGCUUUCUACACGGACGACGGGAAGGUAUGGGUUGUGAGCGGCGACUGGAGCGACAAGCUGAGCGAGUAUGACAGCAAAGUCAAGACAGUGCCCAAGGACAUGCAAUGGUGUGGCAGCAAUGCCGUUGCGCUGGCUUGGGAAGACGAAGUUCACCUAAUUGGCCCCAACGGCGCAGUCACGAAGUUCUACUACGAUGCUUGGAUACAUCUCUUACCAGACGUUGAUGGACUCCGCCUACUCACAAACGACGUGUGCGAGUACCUGCAUAAAGUACCCGACGCUUCUGUAGAAGUAUUCCGUAUAGGUUCCGAUUCACCUGCUGCGAACCUGCUAGAAGCAUCAUCUCUUCUUGAUCAAAAGUCUCCAAAGGCAGACGAUCUCAUCCAGCUCAUCCGACCUUCCCUCGCCGAAGCAGUGGAUACGUGCAUCAGAGCCGCAGCGAACGAGUACAACAUCCAUUGGCAAAAGCAACUCCUCCGCGCAGCGUCUUUCGGAAAGUCGGUUCUAGACCUGUAUUCUAGCGACGAUUUUGUUGAUACAUGCGACACCUUACGCGUUCUGAACGCCGUCCGCUUCUAUGAGGUGGGAUUGCCAGUAAGUUACGAACAGUACCGCCGGCUCACGCCCGAGAAACUCGUGGAUCGCCUCACAAAUCGCAACGAGUACUUGCUUGCUCUGCGUGUAGCGUCCUACCUCCAUCUUCCAACCAGUCAUAUCCACGGUCAUUGGGCGCAGCAGAAAGUCAGAGUGAGCACAGAUACUGAGGAAGAAAUCUGUGCGCUUAUCGUCAAAAAGCUGCAUGGCAAGCCUGGGAUCUCCUUCGAGGAGAUUGCUCAUGCAGCCUACGAUGAAGGUCGUGUCCGCUUAGCAACAGAGUUACUUAACUACGAACCCAGAGCCGGAAAGCAGGUCCCGCUUCUACUUAACAUGAAAGAGGACAACAUCGCUUUGGACAAAGCCAUAGAAAGCGGGGAUACUGACCUGGUGUACCACGUUCUACUACACCUGCGCAAGAAGCUGCCGCUCGCGAGCUUCUUCCGCGUGAUCAACAGCCGCCCGGUCGCCUCCGCGCUUGUGGAAUCCAGCGCAAGAGACCAGGACCACGAACUCCUCAAGGAUUUAUACUACCAAGACGACCGACGACUAGAUGGUUCAAACCUACUGCUCUCCCAAGCCCUGUCCUCCCCCUCGGUCACAUCCGCCAUCGACAAGCUGAAAUCCGCAUCAACGUAUCUAAAAGAUAGCCGCGACUCCGCAGCAACAUUCCAACGGCAUGCGCUCGACGACGCUCAAAAGCUUCUCCGAUUACAAGAACAAUUCGAAAAGGACCUCGGGCCACGCGACGGCUCGUCUUCGCCUUCGCCAGGCGGCAAUGGAAGUUCUUUCGUCGGUCUGAGCGCCCAUCAAACUAUCACCGCUCUGCUUCGUCUAGGACAUACAAAGCGCGCACUCAAGGUCCAAUCUGAGUUCAAAAUUCCGGAUAAGACAUACGCGUGGCUAAGGCUCCGAGCGUUCGUGGCUGCGCGGCACUGGACGGAGUUGGAAGAGCUGGGCAAGGCGAAGAAGAGCCCGAUAGGGUGGGAGCCGUACUUCAAUGAGAUUCUGGGGGCGGGGAACACAAGGGUGGCGAGCAUGUUUGUUCCGAAGUGCACAGGGUUGAGUGCAGCGGAGCGCGUGGACAUGUGGAUGAAGUGCGGGCUUGUAGUAAAGGCUGGCGAGGAGGCGAGCAAGGCCAAAGACAGGGCGUUGCUCGAAGAGGUCUCAGCCAAGGCGAGCGGAAGCGCGAAGGUCGAGAUUGAGAGGCUGUUGGGGAUGAUGGGCAAGCGGUAG